AGUAACUGAUAUAAUUAUCAUCAUAGCCUUCACCCACCUAUUUGGUGUCAGCUUUGCGAAUCCUAUUUUGCCAGUGAUAUUUGGGAACAUGAAUCUUAUAGUUGCUUGACAAAAAGUUCCAUGACUGACUGUCCACCUGAUUGAUACAAACCGCUCCUUUACCCAGGCUUCUGACCAGGGAGAUCUGGGAUUGAAUCAUCUAUACUAAUCUUGGUUUCUUUGCUAUUUGUGCAUUAAUUGUACUGAAUUGAAGGUCUAGAUUCUUGAUGCUGAUAGGUAUUAAUGUUGAUCUCACGAAUGGAUUAGUGGUAACUAGUAAGUUCCAUGUGAGUUCAUACUGCAUUUUUAUUGUAGUUAAAACAUUAAAUAGAACUUUUUGACCUUGUAUUUUUAACUUACUUUUAACUCAUUAAGUGAUGUACAAGAGACUGGGUUUACUCCAAAAUUCCAACAAUAUUACUAUUUCAGUUCAUUGCGACCCUGUUCAUGUAGUGCUGUAAAGCUAGUCCUUAGAAAUAGAAGUCUUGAUGAAUUCAUGACCUAUUAGGACUUCCUACACCAUUGCCUUGUCAAUUCCUUUUUAUUGGGUCUCAUUUUCUUGUUUAUCCUGUUGUUAUAAGGUUUACAGUUAAUCAACUAAGAUGUCAUGGUUAUUUAAUUGUUCCUCCAGUUAAUAAGGUACCAAGAUGGUUGCACCUGCAUUUACGGUGGACUUGAAUAAGCCUAUUGUUUUUCAGGUCGGCCAUCUUGGGGAAACUUACCAGAAAUGGGUUCACCAGCCUAUCAUUAGCAAGGAAGGUCCACGCUUUUUCGCGAGUGACUUCUGCGAGGUCUUACUUUGUAGCCUUUUACAUAAUAAUAGUUAGCAUGAGUUCUUAACCCGCACAGUAUGGUGGGUGAUCCCACUCAUCUGGUUGCCAGUUAUAUGUUGGUUGGUCUCCAUGUCUAUCCAAAUGGGCCAUCCACUUCCUCAGGUAGCUCUCAUGGUGGUUGCUGGGAUAUUUGUGUGGACAUUGAUGGAGUAUAGUUUGCACCGCUUCCUUUUCCACAUCAACACGAAAAGUUACUGGGGAAACACUCUCCAUUACCUUCUUCAUGGCUGCCAUCAUAAGCACCCGAUGGAUGGAUUACGCCUAGUUUUUCCUCCUGCUGCAACAGCUAUUCUCUGUGUGCCGAUAAGAAUGUACUAUUCUUCCAGAGAAAAUGAUUGCUCUUAUUUUUCUUCUUCUUUCUUCUGCUACUGGCUCUACUGCUGCUGCUGGCACUACUGCUGCUUAUUCUGCAUGACAUAUGGCCACCAGUUCUGGAACCUGUUUAAACUUGUAUCCACUCCUUCUACUGCUCCUGCUUUUUUUGGAGGUGGCUUAUUGGGUUAUGUAAUGUAUGAUGUUACACACUAUUAUCUACAUCACGGACAGCCAUCUAGAGAAGUUGCUCGAAAUCUAAAGAGGUAUCAUUUGAAUCAUCACUUCAGAAUUCAGAGUAGAGGUUUUGGGAUUACUUCUUCUCUUUGGGAUAAAGUGUUCAGAACGCUGCCGACAUCAAAAGCUACUGAUAAGAAGACAUGAUUUAUCUGCGAAAGAAAAAAAAUCAGUGCAUUGUUUGUUGAGGUUUUGAUCUUUCUUUCGAUCAGUGUGUAUGGUUAUGUGAAAUCUAACUAUUUUCUUGCUAGUUUGGCUUAAUUUUUAGCAGAGCUUCUACUUGUUUUGUAUCUAUUCUUUCAUUCUUGAUAAUUGCAAAAUCUGCAGAAAGAAAUGCCUAUGAUUCUCUCUUGGCAAGAGCUCCGCAAACUUCAAAAUUGCCUUUUA